AUGGUGUGGGAUGGUGUGGGAUGGUGUGGGAUGGUGGUGCUGCUGUUGCAUGGACUGGUGUUGCAAGGGAUGGUGUGGAAUGGUGUGGAAUUGUGUGGAAUGGUGUGGGAUGGUGGUGCUGCUGCCGCUGUCGUGGUUUUGCAGGGGAUGAUGUGGGAUGGUGGUGUAGGUAUAGAUUUUCCCUUUUCCCUAAUCCUUUUUGAUCCUUCCACUAACGACAAGCAGUAG